GGAGAGCAAGAGUGAGAGAGAGAGAGGAAAAAACAUUUGAAAAGAGAUGCCACAGAGGGACAUCUCUUUCACGUAGUGAAACCACCCUCAAGCCCAAACUUUUCAGACAUCAAAAGGUGAGAAGAAGAAUAAAUGCUCAGAGGUCAGGAAUAGAGGCACUUUAAUGCAGUCUGCGGCUACAUAAAAGAACCAAAACAUCAUAGGACUUUACUUUCCUACAUUCUGCACUGGAGUGACCACUGACAUUCUAUCCAGAAGAAAAGGUUGAGUACUUCAAAUUAAACGCAUUUGUCACUGGAACUAUAGAUCUAGAUUUUGCUCCGGUGAACCUCUGCACCUAUAGCUGAUACGCACCUCAUUUGCUUCACAUCAUGGGUGUCAGCAGGAAUUACUUUUGGAUUACAUGUUCAUCCAGCACAUCUAUUUUAUUGGCCUUUUUCCUGCUCUUGUGGGGGCCCUUCUGUGCACAGAGCAGCCCUAUCGGCUCCCCGGAGAGGCUCCGCACUGCUUCAGGGCUGGAUGACGGACAUGGAGGGGUUCUGGAUCCCUCACUUCUGGAGCAGGACAGUGAGGUAGACAUGCAGAGUUUGCUGGAGACCCUGAAAGGACAGUUUUUGCGCACUUUUAACCUGACUCGUCCUGGCCCCCCUGUGCAGGCAGGGGCCACUCGAGUAGAGCCCCCUGAGUACAUGCUGGAGCUCUAUAACCGCUUCGCCAAUGACCGAACAGCAAUGCCUUCUGCAAACAUCGUACGCAGUUUUAAAAAUGAAGACUCCUCCCCAUAUAGUGUGGGACCUGGCGGGGUGAGACGACACCCACUUAUCUUCAACGUGUCUAUUCCACAUCACGAGAGAGUCACUGCAGCUGAGCUCCGACUGUACACUUUGGUCCAGACUGACCGCAACAAAUACGCUGGUGUUGACAGAAAAGUGACAAUAUAUGAGGUCAAACAGCUUGAAAUAAACAGCACUCAGCAGAUAAGAGGUGACAAUAUUGAUGCAGGAAAUCAAACCAAGCAAGAGGGAGAAACAGAGCUAGUGGAGUUGGCGUCGCGACAGGUUUACGGUACAGAUAAUGGGUGGGAGUCUUUUGACAUGACCACUGCGGUGCAUCUUUGGCGGAAAUCAGAUUAUGGUACCACCCACAGGCUGGAGGUCCACAUAGCCAGUUUGAACUCUCAGAGUUUGAUGUCAACCGAAGGUAAGGAGGAAGGUAAUGCCAAAGGAGGGGACAUGGACAUUGACACCAGCCCAGAGGACAAACACAAACCCUUAAUGAUCGUCUUCUCUGAUGACCAGAGCGGAGAUCACCGCGGAGACAAACGGGAGCUCAACGAACUGAUCCAGCAUGAGACAACUGGGCCUGGUGUUCAAGACAACCUUGACCUAGAACUGACCGGUCUCUGGGACGACCUGGAAGUAAUGGGACAGAAAGAUGGGAAUGAGGAAGAGGAGCAGAGCGAGGAGGCUCUCCUACAGAUGCGUUCCAACCUUAUCUAUGACACAGCGUCUAGAAUCUCGUCGAAUGCCAAAGGCAACCAAUGUAAAAAAACAUCCCUCUAUGUGGACUUCAAAGACAUCGGCUGGGACAGUUGGAUCCUAGCACCCUCUGGAUAUGAAGCCUUUGAGUGUACGGGGACUUGCAUGUACCCUUUGACCAAACACGUUACACCUACAAAACAUGCCAUUGUGCAAACUUUGGUCAGUCUGAAAAGUCCACAAAGAGUGUCCAGGGCUUGUUGUGUUCCCACUGAGCUAGACCCCAUCUCCCUGCUCUACCUAGAUGAUGCAGGUGUGGUGACGUAUCAGUAUAAAUAUGAAGGUAUGGUGGUAGUGAAGUGUGGAUGCAGAUAGUAUUUAAUGGACAUGGAGAAGUGGGCUGAAUCCAAUCCAGUUUGGAUUGGAAAGAGAUUAAAAGACAGUCAUUGUCUAUGACUAACAUUCCAAGUUUCUUCCAAAUGGCAGUGGAUAAGCUCUUACUCCCAACCUUAACAGCGUUAGCAGGAGUCAUGAAGUCAGUUGGAGCCAUGUGACGAGGGGCCACAAUGCAACAUUUAGUGGGAACGGUGUCCAUUUCAUCCCUGCUGAACAAGGAUUGGGUGGAACAUAAGACAAUAAUUGAACCACUGACACGCCUCAAGAUCAGCCGGGAUAAAUGAGCUGUUCUUAUCAGUAAAGACUGAAGUUUAAGUGAGAGAUUAUAUCAACUCCAACUAGUUACAUACUUGGCCAUAUCAUUUGCGUCAGCAGAGUUCUUGCUAAGUGGGUGUUUUGUAAAGAUGGCAGCGAACUCAAGCACCACUGGCUCAGUCCAGUGACAUUACCAGAAACAAGAGUCCUGUGAUACUGCCUGUUUCCAGUUUCCACAAAGCUCAGUAUCGUAUCUGUCACGACACCACCAAGUCAAUAUACAGCUUCCUGCCUAACAGAAUGUGUUUGAUAUGAACUGUCCAAGUUGAAGUGAAACACUUAUCAGAAAAGUCUUGUAAACGAGGGAUAAAACAGACCAGAAUGGACCAGUCUUGUCUUUCGAAAUGUGUAUGAGAACACCUACUCUGGAUAUCCUAAGUCCACAAUGGGUCUCAUUCAUUAACCACUCAAAUUCAUCUGACUUUAUGAAUUUUUUUAAAAAAAUCUGACUUUAUGAAUAUGUUACGUCAUACUGAGUAAAAAGUAAGAAAAGUACAUUAUAGCUUGUGUUUUAUUUUUUUUUUUAAUGAAAAAAAGCACAACUGUACUUAUGUACAGGUUUCUAAUCAUAGGUUUGUAAUCUAGGUCUGUGUAAAAGGUGUAUUUGAACUGGUUUUGAGGAAGCAAAAAGCCAUACGAGUGUGAAGAAAGGCUGAAAUGGAAAGGUUGUGCGGAAAGCAGUUAAUGGUUUAACCAUGUUUUAUGCAAAGGUGACCCUGGACCACAAAACCAGUCAUAAGGUCAGUUUUUCAAAAUUGAGAUUUACACUUCAUCUGAAGGUUAGGAUAGGAUAUAGGACCAUAUUUGGCAGAGAUACGACUAUUAAAAAAUCUGGAAUCUGAGUGUGCAAAAACUCAUAAUAUUGAAAAAUGUGCAUUUAACUUUUUCCAAAAAAAGUUCUUAGCAAUGCAUAUUAAUAUUCAAAAUUUGGUUUUGACAUUCACGUUAGAAAAAAUUUACAGUAGAAAAAUAUUUUUAUGGAACAUGAUCUUUAUACUAAUGAAUUUUGGCAUAAGAAACUGUAUUUUUGGCGAUUGCUACUAUACCCGGGUGACUGGUUUUGGGGUCCAGGCUCAAAAAUAAGUAUGAAAAUUAGAUGAAGGAAAACAAGAAAUUCAUGUGCAAUGUAUGUGUUAUGCAAAAGUGUUUUGUGAAAAGUACUCCUGUGGGUUUAAAUACAAAAUAAUCAAUGAAUGAGACCUAUUAUUUCUGUACACAACCUAAGCAACAAAACGAUGAUCAUUAAAGACCUGGAAAAGGACAAUAUGAACUUCUGAAAUGUCUCAAACCAGUUAAGCCGUUUCGAUAUGCAACAUUUUCUUGAGUCACUUAAUGCUGCCUUUAUCCUUUCUUCAGUAACACUUCUUUCUACUGAAAUGCUGUCUGCAUUUCACCUUGUCACUGCUGAGUUGGGACAGUUGACAAAGGAUGCAUGUUGUACAUCUUAGUCCAUCCGCCCUGUUCCAGACGGCAUCAGCAAGCGGGAUACUGUGGGCUCUCACACCCUCCUGCUCCACAUGCCGUGCGAGCUGUGCUCCCACCCCGAAAGCAUGGCUGUGAUAAGAAGGUGUCAGGACUGAAAAACAUGUCUGUGACGACUAAAGACAAUUCCAAGCUGCACGGAGGACUGGAGACAACUGAUUCCUGGGAAUGAGAAGCCAGUUGGCGGUUGUAUAUCAUAUCUACUUUUUGACCCCAAACUACCUUAAAGCGAAGACACAUCAUUUACUCCCCAUCGCUCUCCUCCUGUAGUCUUCUGUCAGUCUUCUUCUCCUUUUGGACCCUUAUCGCUGUCAGGGCAUGAGGAUGAAUGGAAACUGUCUCGCAAGGUCAUGCCACCCACAGAUAUCUUUCACAAGACUUUGCAACCUGAUAAUAUCUUCCAGAAUUAUUCCCAUGCCUGAUGCAUACUUUGCAUUACUGGCUUUGUUAUUGUUGAAGUACAAAUUGUGUUCUGCUGCUUUGAAUAAUUAUAAAGCUUAUUUAUUGAUUAACUUAUUUGUUUUUAUUAUUAUUUAGGUGACAUUGUAUAGUAAUACUGUACAUAUGACUACAUACACUAUACGAGUACAUGAUACUGUAUGAUGUUGUGCAAAGAAUAUGGGUAUACAAGUAUAUGAGUUAAUUUAAAAUCAAAUUAUUAACUGUAAUAAUUUAUCAUUUUCUCAUGUAGUAUGUGUUCAAAUACUCAGUGAUGUUGUAUGCGCUUUAAUCAUCGCUUUUCAAGCACUGACGUCUUGUUAGGAUUUGUAUAUAUCUUUAAAUAGUUUGUUGAUCCUCUUGUUCCUUGCACCCAGAUUCUCCAUAACUCCUUAACAAGAUAUAUUUAGCCACGAUCAGUCCAGAGCUUGCUGUUUAGACAUUGGGUGUGGGAGCGAUUCAUAAAUUUAACUUCCCAUUGAAGACCAGCAGCUCAAAGGCCCAUAGUUUACAAGUGUCAGACAGAUCUACAUCCAUGGGAAGCUGACUGGAAACUAACGACCACACAGGCUCAUUUGCUCUGCGGAUUGAGACUGUGCAGAUCUAUUUGCUUCUUUUUUGCUUCGGUUUGGUUUGGGCUUAGGAAGUGUUCAGCGUCAAUCUUUAAAUAUUUAAGAUGUGAAUGUGGUAAUUGCCAAAUGUAUUUUGCCAUGUACAAACGCACAGAAGUUGUAAAUAAAAUGAUAUUUUGAAGAAACUUCCUGUGAUAUUUUUCUUUUAUAUUUUAGUAUUUAUCAGCAAAUUUGUCAUUGACAAAACUCUUCUGUCCUCAGAAAUUCUGUUAAUGUCCAAGUUAAAAAUUGGUGCUUGAAGUGUCUCGUUUGUUUUGCCACAAAAGCCAUGACAGAAAAGUUAAACCAA